UCAUAAUUACAUAAUAGUCGGUCAUUUUUAAUUAAUUUGUCAAUGAAUAACAUGCCAGACCCAACCUAUAGAAGAGGGAAUAUGCUGUUUUAGGAAUUUAACAAAGUAUAGUGGAAUCGAAGAUGAUAUUUUAUAACUACUACGUUCAACUGAAAUAAUCUACGUUAGAGAGUGGAAAGUUAUGUUUGUUAUUCAAAGCUGGUGUUAGGAAGACUCACAGAACAAAUAAGUCGAUUGGCAUCACAUUAGUACUUACUUAUGCGACUGCUUAUUGUUCUGUCGAGUACAUAGAGCAACACGCACCCCCGCUUGGUCGAGCAGGUUGCUAUGAAACAUAAACAAAAGUAAAAUAUUUUACGAUCAGUCGGGAUAAAACGUGGUGAAUUAUAUUCUGAUUCCAACUCGUUUCUUUGGUCAGGAUUUGGUCAAUUGAUAUAAAAACUGACUACAUUGCAUUAUGUGUAUACUUACUAUGGUUAAUUAGGUAAUGAAUUAUUAAGUAUAAUAAUAGAAGAGAUUUACAGUCAUGGCUGCAAAAGCAAAUGAGUCACCAAAUGCUGAAGAGCCUCCCGAAGAGUUUGCACCGAAAGUAAGAUGGGCCAUCCCACAGCGGCUGGACUUCAUGACGUUCGUGGGGCGCGACGUGGUGGCGGUGGCGCAGGACCUGUACAUCGUGCUGCUCAACCUGCGCACCGGGCUCGAGUUGGUGUACGUGGCCAACAGCGCCGCCGCGGGCGACGGCGUCGACGUCGUCGCUGGCCACCGAACCAACAUGUUUGCUUUCGCGGAAAAGGUGAAACACGCACGAAUAUUUAUUGUGACUUACCCAUCACUUACAAUCGUGACUCAACUAAAAGAUACGGACAUAAACCGGUACAAGGGUCUGUGCAUGAUGGAGGGCGAGCUGGUGGCGGGGUUCUCCGGGUACCCCAACUACAUGGUGACUGUGUGGAGCUGGCGCACCUGCCAGCGCCUGCUCGCGCUGCCCACCGGCGUCAUCCGCCGCCAGCAGAUCUACAUGGCAAGCCGGUCGCACAUGUUGGUGUGCCAGUGCUACGGCGAAGGUCUGAUCGUGUGGGAGGUGGCGCCGUGCUUCCGGCGCUGCUUCAUGAUGCGGCGUGCCAAAGAGGAGGUGACAGGCUGGGGCCUCGCCGAGCCCAAGCUCAUCGGCGUCUGCUGGACCAACGAGGGGCUGCUCUACGCCAUCGACGCCACCGCUAGACUCUACGGCGUGACAACAGAUGGUAUCAUCAUGAUACCCACGGUGGAAUGGAACGAGGAUCUAAAAGGCGAGAACACGCCCUGCGUGUGCGCCUUCGGGACCGGUAUUCUUAUUUACGGGCCAGAUCAACAUUUUCGGUGGGUGAAGAAGAACGAGCAGCAGAAGUGGCGUGUAGUGUGGAAGCAGGAGGUGGAGCGCGACGACCAGGUGGUGCGGCUGGUGGGCAACGCGACGGCGGAGGUGGCAGUGGGCUGGACUCGCGGCGGCCGCGUGCUGCGGCUCGCGCCGCCCGCGCCGGACUCGGACCGCGCUGACGUGCGCCUCGUCGCCUACAAGCAGAGGAACAUAAUAAAGAUGAAACUGAUCGCGCCGGACUUCAAGCACGUGGCCACGAUGAGCGAUCAAAAUGACAUGUGCAUUUACGAAGUGAUCUCCGCUAAAAUGGUGUUGAGAAGGAUUCUGGACGGUAAAGACAUGUCGUUCCAAGCGAGCCCGGUGGAGCCGGUGCUGGCGGUGGUGGGCAGCGUGGACGUGAACUACGGCCUGGCCAUGCUGCGCUGGGACGCGCACGAGCCGCAGCUGACGCGCGCCUUCAGCACCAGCCUCACGCACCAGCAGGUGUCGCGCGUCGCGUUCUCGCCCUCCGGCCGCGAGCUCGCCGCCGUCGCUAUGGCUGCCGGGCACAUCUUCAUUUACAAGGUAGCCAAGGACUACAAAUUAACGCUAGUGCGUUAUUCGGAAGUAGGCCGCGGACUCGCCGACUGCUUCCUCAUGAAAGUAGGAGAGGCCAUGCGUUGCUUCGGUCUCGUACACUUCUCUGACAAGCACUUGAUUGGCGAGCGCAUCAUCUGCAUCAACGCGGUGUCGGGCAAGGACAACAAGUUCGCGGGCAAGAUGGCGGGCCCGUACGCUCGCCUGCUGCCGCUCAGCAUCAAGGACUCCAUGCUUGCCAUACCCUACCUCUCCAGGAACUAUCACAUCCUCAAACUCACUGGAGACAAAGGCGUGACGGUGUCAGUCCGUAUGGGCCCGAUCAUCGACUCGGGUCACGACCUGAAGCAGUUCAGCGGCGUGCGCGGCGAGCUCGGGCUCAUGACGUACGGCGCUGACGGGGCCGUGGUGCUGCGCCAGCCAGACGCUCCCCCCACGUACGACUUCAAGUACGUGGCGUCACACCGCUACGAGCCGGGCAUCAAGUACGUGGUGUUGGAGAACACGAACAAGUACUUCGUGCACCUGGGCAAGAACCGCACAUUGGCCGUGACGUACUGCUACACGAAGAGCGACGCCGUGCGCGAGGAGCUGCACGACGAGGUGCGACACGAGGCGACGCCGCCCGCCGCGCUCGACGACGCCACCGUCGUGAUCGAGGUGUUCAAUGCCAACGAAAAUAACUACUUAGAUUUGCAAGAAGAGAAGAAGGUGCGCGAAGAGGCGUUGGAUUACAGGAAGCAGCGCGAGGAGGUGGUGCACCUGUUCGAGCAGCUGAAGGCACAGUUGGUGGGGCUGCUGGAGGAGAACAUAGCCGAGCGCCCGCUGCACCAGCUGUCGCUGUCAGAGUUCAACCUGCAUCUGGAGAACAAGAAAGAGCGGCUCAAACAGGCGGAGAAGGAGCGGGAGGAGAUCCGUCUAAAAACAGAGGCAAAGAUCAAAGCACAGGACAAGGUCACUGCCUGGAUUAAGAAGAAAUGUUGGGACACCAUGCAAAAUCCACGCGUCAAGAUAUUUGCAAUUUUCAGCCAUUAUCAAGUGGAGAACUACCCGGUGUUGCCGACGCAGCGUGACCUGUGGCCGGAGCUGCAGCAGAAGGCGGCGCUGCGCGGGUUGGAGAUGGAGAACGACGACGACGUGUUCCGCCCCUGGGACGAGACCUUCGGCAAGGCGCGCAGCGGACCUGCCAAAAACAUGCCGCGGGACUCGCUGGGUUCAAUAGACGUGGUACCGACGGAACGGCGGGCGUCGGAGUCGGUCAUGCAGCAGCACGACGCGGGCGAGGAGGCGCCGGAGGGCGAGCCCUAUGUGCUGUCGGGCUCCAGCGCGCACAAGUACAUCACCGUGCCGCCCUACAUGAUCCCGCAGACGCUCGCCUUCAGCUUCUUGCAGAUGAACUUCCUCUACGAUAUCAUCAAGCUGAUCGUGCAGCAGAUGCGUCUGUGGUUCAACAAGCAGUUCGACGAGCUGAUGGCGAUGAAGAAGCGCGAGGUGGGGCUGGUGGCCGAACGCAAUUCCCGGCUCCGGUUCAUCAUUGAAGAAUUGAACAAGCUGUCAGACUUGCGCGGCAGCUUUCACCACCUGUUGAUACAGAUCAAGGACCCGGAGUGGAGACAGGAGGAGCAGCCCAUCAAACUCAUCAAAGUGGACCCUGAAGAGUGCACGAUCCCGCCGUACAUCAGCCCGUCGCAGAUCGUCAUCGUGCCGCCGGACCCGGGCCCCAAGGACGACUUCCGCGAGCGCGCGCUCAACGAGAUGAUGGACGGCGUGCUCGAGAAGCUGUGGCACGAGGAGAUCAAGAAGCCCAUACCCAAGCCGCAAUGCAUGCUGGACAAGGAGCCGGAGAACUGGAACGAGGACGACCUGCGGCUGGUGUUCGACUACGAGGCGAAGGUCAAGUUCCGUAACGAGGAGCGCGACAAGUACCGCAAGAUGCUGCACGCCGAGUACGCCAAGCUGUCGCAGGUGCUCAACGAGGGCAUCGUCAAGUUCAACAUGAAGGUAAAAGAUACGUGGUUGAAGAAACUGAAGGUGGACUCUGUAAUCGGGCAGGAGAACUUGAACCUGAUGCGCCUGCGCCGCGCCAAUCUCGACCGUCUAGAGUCCGCCGAGAAGCUGGAAGAUUUGAGGGCGCUGAUAGUGCGGUACGAGGGCGAGGUGGAGGUGCUGCAGAAGGAGCUGGCGCAGAUCCUAGAGCAGUCGGGCGAGUGCCAGUCAGCGUACGACGCGCUCGCGCACAAGGACCGCCACUUGGACCGUGCCUUCAAGAACAACUUCGCUGACUUCUCGCCUAUUAUCGUCGAUCAGUGCUACAAGUUUUUCAAACGUCGUCCGAAGUGGCACCAGCGCGCCAGCAUGAUCCCGCUGGUGCUGUACGAGCUGGCAUCCGCCAUCCUCACCAACGUGCGCCCGCCGCUGCUGCACGUGGACUGCAUCGACUACUUCAAGGCUGUGGAGCAGUUGGACCAGCUGAGCAACAUGCCGGCGGUGCUGGACGAGGGGCUCUGGACCACCAUGUGUCGCUUGCGCCGCGUCAAGAUGGAGAACGAGAUACGCAUGCGCGCCGUGAUCCUGGAGACGGCGUACGUGGACAGCGCGACCAACACGUGGAACCGCGCCGUGAGCGCGCGCCGCACCUUCCUCAGCCAGAGCAGCGCGCGCAUGAUGCUGCACCGCGACAAGGAACACGCCGCCGCCGUCAACCGACAGCUGCAGUUGGUGCUUCCUGCGGGGCAAGUAGAGAUUAUAACGAGCGGGCACAUGGAGGACUUCGAGGACGCCGCCCUCAUUCCACGUGAAGAUGUCGAAGUCAUCAAUAGACUUAUAUUGAAAGUGGGUGCGCUGAAGCUGCGCAUGAUGCGUCGUCAGAUGGAGUUUCGCAAGGGCAUCCUGGCCAAGGAGUGGGAGCACGCACAGAUGAAGAUGAAGCUGCGGCACAUGCAGCAGGAGCUCUACACGUACACGAGACUGAGGAUCCCGAAAGAACUGCAGUGGUUCCUGAAGAAGAAGGAGUUGGGCUACACAGACGAGCACGAUUACACGCGGCUGGAGAAGGAGAUGGCUGCCAACAAGAUGAGCAUCGAGCGCGUGCUGCAGGACAGCGCCGCGCGCUGCGAGGAGACGCAGAUGAGGAUCAACAAGAUCGAGGCGUUGUCGGCGCGGCUGGAGAAGCUCAUCGACGUGCUGCACCUCAAGGUGUCGGAGAAGAGACUACACGAGGACGCACUCGAGCCCAUCCGCAUUAGGCGCAUCUUCAAGAGAAGGAUGGAGACGCUGGUGGCCCGCAGCCACCUGAUCCGCGACGUGCAGGCCAACCACACGCGCAUCGUGCUGCUGCAGACGGAGCUCGAGCUGCUGCGGCUCAAGACCUUCCCCACGCUCGCGCCCUUCCGCACCUUCUGCUGAACCCACCCACCCACAACACCAUACGUGAUAUACCUAUAUACUCGCUGACCCCUUUACACAUUAUUUUCUUAUUUAUGUUAAGUUGGAAGUAUUAAAUAUUUUGAUGUUCCACAUGGAUCAUAUCAUCGCAACAUACCUAA